CAUCCAAAGAGACAACAUUCAAUGCCAAAGGAAGCAGAAAUUUGAGGUGUUCAAAGAAUAUGUGACCAAACUGAAGGCAGAAUUAAGGCAAGAAAGAAAUGACCUCGACAGAGAGAGUGAGAAAAUGAAGACAGAAAAACUGGACUUGGAGCUGAUGAAGUGUGACAUUCUGAAACAAAGAGACAUAUUAGAACAAGAGCAACAAGAUAUAAAGAGGGAGCAAUUCGAACUGGAAACCACAAAGAUUGAGAUUCAUAAACAGAAAGAACUCGGAGAAAAUAUGUUUAUUGAGAUAAACAGAGCGAGAGGCUACAUUAAGGAUUUGAUCCUUAAGCUUCAUGCAGAAAAAGACAAGUUAAAGGUCGACAUGGACAUUAUUAUCUUAAAACAAGAUAAACUAGAACUCAAGAAAGAUGAUUCCAAUAGACAAAAACAAGAACUGGAAACAAUAAAGACGAGUGUAAUUGCUGGAAGACAGGAACUGGAACUUUGGAGGGAGGAUCUCACCAAGAAGAAAGAAGAGAUUGGAGCUGCUAUUAACUCCAUCAAUGGAGAGAAAGAACAACUCAGUCAGAUGAAGAGUAGUGCUGACAUGGACAGACACAGGUUGGACAAUGAGAAGGUCAGAUUGGAAGGAGAAAGGUCUGAACUGAAAAUAAGAGAAGCUCAUCUCUUGAAUGAAAUGAAAUUAGUAGAAACUUUUAAAGGACAACUUAAAACGCUGACUAAAAGGAUGAGGGAAGACAAGAAAGAAAAGAGGAAAAAAUUACAACUACAUAGUGAAGAUGUAGUAGAGCUGUACACUGAAUUGAAACAAAAGCUUGCAGCUCUAAAUGUACAGAAAGAAAGUGUGGCUUUUUCCACCGAGCUGAUGGAGAGGGAAAAGAAAAGUCUGAUAAGUAUACUGUCAGACAUGGUCAUCCAAAGAGACAACAUUCAAUGCCAAAUGAAGCAGAAAUUUGAGGUGUUCAAAGAAUAUGUGAACAAACUGAAGGCAGAAUUAAGGCAAGAAAGAAAUGACCUCGACAGAGAGAGUGAGAAAAUGAAGACAGAAAAACUGGACUUGGAGCUGAUGAAGUGUGACAUUCUGAAACAAAGACACAUAUUAGAACAAGAGCAACGAGAUAUAAAGAGGGAGCAAUUCGAACUGGAAACCACAAAGAUUGAGAUUCAUAAACAGAAAGAACUCGGAGAAAAUAUGUUUAUUGAGAUAAACAGAGCGAGAGGCUACAUUAAGGAUUUGAUCCUUAAGCUUGAUGCAGAAAAAGACAGGUUAAAGGUCAACAUGGACAUUAUUAUCUUAAAGCAAGAUAAACUAGAACUCAAGAAAGAUGAUUCCCAUAGACAAAACAAGAACUGGAAACAAUAAAGACGAGUGUAAUUGCUGGAAGACAGGAACUGGAA